CUGGCAUGGCUGAACAACCUGCUGCAGCUGAAUCUCACUAAGAUCGAGCAGUGCGGCACUGGUGCUGCGUUGUGUCAGAUCUUUGAUUCGAUAUACAUGGACGUCCCCAUGGCGCGUGUCAAGUUUAACGUCAACACCGAGUACGCUUACCUCCAAAACUUCAAGAUUCUACAAAACAUCUUUUCCCGCCACCAGGUUGACAAGCCCGUGCCCGUCGAAAUGCUCACGAAAUGCAAGAUGCAGGACAACCUCGAGUUCCUGCAGUGGACCAAGCGGUACUGGGACCAGCAUUACCCCGGCGGCGAGUACGAUGCGGUCGCGCGGCGCAAGGCGUCGGGCGCCCCCCCGGCCUCUGGAUCGCGCUCGGGUGCCAGCUCCGCGUCGGCGACACGACGAGGCACCACCCCGACGGUUGUUCCCGGCAGCGCGCGUGGCCCCCGCGGCCCCUCUGCGCACCGGGCAGGCGAAGCCACCCCUUCCAACGUGCUGGCCCUGCAGAACCAGAUCGCCGAGCAAAAGGAGGCCAUUGCCGGCCUGGAGAAGGAGCGCGACUUUUACUUUUCCAAACUGCGGGACAUUGAGCUGCUGCUUCAGAGCGCUAUUGAGGCCGAUCCCGAGCUCGAGUCCCAUGAGGAUAGUUAUAUCAAGCAUAUCCAAGGAAUUCUGUACUCGACGGAGGAGGGUUUUGAAAUCCCCGAUGCCGAGGCCGAGGCCGAGGCUGGAGCUGGUGCCGAUGACCUUGAGACAUUCUGAGCUCUUCAUAAUACCCAUCCUUAGUCGUGGCUGCGGUUGCGGUAGUUCUUUUAAGGUUUCCGGAAGACAGAACACAGCCCAGUGUAAAUACUAGAAUGCUCAGUUUGUUCCAUGCGG